AGCGCGCUUGCGCAAAGGAGAGUAACUGCCGGUUGGUGGCUGCUGCUCCGCAGUGGAGAGCGCGACGGGUAGGGACUGGGAGCCGGUGUCGGCAGCCGAGACCGCUGCAGCGACAGGCCCGCGGGGAUCGGAAGGCACCGGGCGCAGUUAUGUCUGUGGUCGGCAUCGACUUGGGCUUCCUCAACUGCUAUGUCGCGGUGGCGCGGAGCGGCGGCAUCGAGACCAUCGCCAAUGAGUACAGCGACCGCUGCACCCCAGCUUGUAUAUCUCUAGGAUCCAAAACCCGGGCCAUAGGAAAUGCAGCAAAAAGCCAGAUUGUCACAAAUGUAAAGAAUACAUUACAUGGCUUCAAAAAAAUGCAUGGAAGAGCAUUUGAUGAUCCCUACAUACAAGGUGAAAGAGUCAAACUUCCCUAUGAACUUCAAAAGAUGCCAAAUGGGAGUGUAGGUCUGAAGGUGCGAUACCUAGAUGAAGAGAGACCAUUUGCAAUUGAACAGGUUACAGGAAUGCUUUUGGCCAAGCUUAAAGAGACUUCAGAAAGCGCACUAAAAAAACCAGUGGCAGACUGUGUGAUUUCAGUCCCUAGUUUCUUCACUGAUGCUGAGAGAAGGUCUGUAAUAGCAGCUGCGCAGGUUGCAGGUUUAAACUGUCUGAGGCUGAUGAAUGAAACUACAGCAGGUAAAUUAGCUUAUGGAAUUUAUAAGCAAGAUCUACCAGCCUUGGAGGAGAAACCAAGAAAUAUAGUCUUUGUAGAUAUGGGCCAUUCUGCAUACCAAGUUUCAGUUUGUGCUUUUAACAAAGGAAAACUGAAGAUCUUGGCUACUGCUUUUGACCCUUUUUUGGGUGGCAGAAACUUUGACGAGGCUUUAGUAGAUUACUUCUGUGGGGAAUUCAGGACAAAAUAUAAACUGAACGUGAAAGAGAAUGCUCGGGCACUGCUGCGCUUGUAUCAGGAAAGUGAAAAACUGAAGAAACUUAUGAGUGCAAACGCUUCUGACCUCCCACUCAACAUUGAGUGCUUCAUGGAUGACCUUGAUGUCUCCAGUAAGAUGAACAGAGCUCAGUUUGAACAGUUAUGUGCUCCUCUCCUAGCUAAAGUGGAACCUCCUCUAAGAACAGUAAUGGAUCAAGCUAAACUACAGCGUGAAGACAUAAGCAGUAUAGAAAUUGUAGGUGGAGCCACUAGAAUCCCAGCAGUGAAGGAACAAAUAACUAGGUUCUUUGGUAAAGAUAUAAGCACUACGCUGAAUGCAGAUGAAGCUGUCGCAAGAGGUUGCGCAUUACAGUGUGCAAUUCUCUCCCCAGCAUUUAAAGUGCGUGAGUUUUCGAUCACCGAUGUUAUUCCUUAUUCAAUAACUCUAAGAUGGAAGUCCUCUUAUGAGGAAGGAACUGGGGAAUGUGAAGUUUUCAGUAAGAACCAUGCUGCUCCAUUUUCAAAAGUUAUUACUUUCCACAAGAAGGAACCUUUUGAUCUGGAAGCAUAUUAUACCCAUCCAAAUGAAAUACCUUAUCCUGAACCCAGAAUAGGGCGUUUCGCUAUUCAGAAUGUUGGUCCUCAGUAUGACGGUGACAAUUCCAAAGUAAAGGUUAAAGUACGUGUCAAUGUACAUGGAAUCUUCAGUGUGGCUAAUGCAUCAGUAAUAGAGAAGCAAAAUGUGGAAGGAGAUCACAGUGAUGUACCUAUGGACACAGGAUUAUCAUGUAAGAAUCAAGGCAAAGAUGAUGAGCUGGAUAAAAUGCAGGUUGACCAAGAGGAAGGUAAUCACAAAAGCCAGGCAGAACAGCCAAGCCAAGCAGAUGAGGAAAGUGAACAACAUGGAGGAACUGAAACAAAGACUGCUUCAGGAGACAAGCCAGAUCAUCUGGCUCAGCCUGUUAAAGCUAAAGCGAAGAUCAAAAGUAUUGAACUACCUAUCCAGGCUAGUCUGUAUAAACAGUUGGGGCAGGACCUUAUCAAUAGCUACAUAGAAAAUGAGGGGAAGAUGAUGAUGCAAGACAAGCUAGAGAAAGAAAGAAAUGAUGCUAAGAAUGCUGUUGAAGAGUAUGUGUAUGAUUUCAGAGACAAGCUGUAUGGUGUCUUCGAAAAAUUCGUCACCGAGGAAGAGUCCAGUAAACUGACCUUAAUGUUGGAAGAUACAGAAAACUGGCUUUAUGAAGAUGGGGAGGACCAACCAAAACAAGUAUAUAUGGACAAACUUCAGGAAUUAAGAAAAUUUGGUCAGAAAAAGAAUUCAGUACCAAGAUCAUAUGUGAUCGAGACUGACAGUGGAGAGUUCAGCAUAACCCAUCAACGUCUGCAGUUUGUUCCUCAGAAAGAACAAUCAACAGAGAAAACCUUACAGAUGGUGGAUGCAGAAGAUGACUCAAAAAUUCCAAACCAACCACAGCCACUCAUUGCAACUAAUGGACAGACAGAUGACAAAGUAGUUACGCCUUUGAGUCACAUAAUUUAG